UCGUCAGUUUAGAGCGAGGGCGCUGUCCAGACGGCCGUCAGCGCAGCCGCUCCUCUCGCCGACCCCUCCGACCGCUCUGUCUCGACCGGCCGGUCAGUUUGACCGUUGUUGAAGAUGGGAUUCCAGGAGGUACAGACGGGCUACUUGCCCCUGCCCGAUACACCGAGCAACAGCUCUGAAUCGAUAGACACGCAGCCGGAGGCUCCCCUGCUGGGAGAUCAACCGAAGAAAAAGAAGCGCGCCCUCACCAUCUUCUCGGCUGCCAUAUGCAUCAUCAACCUGGAAGCUGGGAGCGGAAUGAUGGCCUGUCCGAGAGCGACCAUCAACGCAGGCUGGAUGGGUUUCGUGCUGUUCGUGCUGUGCGGCAGCAUGUCGGCGUUCAACGGUAUCCUGCUGACGUGGUCGCGCUCCAUUAUUGAGGAGCGCUACCCCGAAUACAACGGCCACGUACGCAGUCCGUUUGCGGAGAUCGCUACCAAGGCGUUCGGCAGGCCUGGCAGAAUGCUGUUCAACUUCUGCAUCUUCAUGAGCCACUUUGGCGCCUCCGUGGUGAACAUGCUGCUCUGUGCAGAGCUGAUGGAGAGCUUCUCCGGCUGGUCGCGCUGCUUCUGCAUUCCUCUGAUCGCCUUCUGCUUUAUGCCGUCAUCGUGCCUGCCCUCGCCGGCCAAGUUCAGGUGGUUUUCAGGAUUUUCGGUCAAACGGCACAAGUUCGGUUUAUGCUCAGUUCAAGAUAGUCGUCCGCGUCUGACCAUGGCGUUUGUAACGGUCCAGUGCGAUCGAAGUAAGCCUCAUCCAUAUGGAACCAAACAACCGAAUUCCGACACUUUACUAUUUAAUAAACAAACCGUAGCGCCGUCGCCGUUCAUACUUCACCAAACAAUUUUCCCGUUUAAAACCACACCACGAAAAAGCGUAACAUUUCUUUCCUCUGCUGGCACCCGCAGGAAGAUUAUCUACAUGGGUCUGAUGGCGGCCAUGGUGGCCUGUUUGUGCUGCAUCAUCCGGCUCUCGAUGUGGAUCUCUGAGAUGAAGGAGCCGGCCGUGCGCACGCCGCCCAGUCUGCAGACCUUCUCGCUCGGCCUGGCCACCAUCAUGUUCAGCUUUGCCGGCGCGGGCGCGCUGCCCACCAUCCAGAAUGACAUGGCUGACAGAAGCAAGUUCACGCGCAGCGUCUUCCUCGGAUACGGAGGCCUGAUCGUGCUCUUCAGCAGCAUGUCUGCCCUCGGCUUCACCGCGCUGGGCGACAAGCUCUCCGCCAACAUCAUCAACUCGCUGCCGGAUGGCGACUUCCGCAAGAUCAGCCAGCUGGCGUUCACCAUCAGCCUCAUCACGGCCACGUACACCCUCAUCAACCCCGUCUUCAGACAGGUGGAGGGACCGCUCAAGAUCGAGGGACCCGACAUGAGCCUCAAGCAGGUGCUGGUGCGUACGGUGGUCAUCGGUCUGAUGGUGCUGGUCGGCCUCACCGUGCCCAGCUUCGACAAAAUCCUCAACCUGCUCGGCUCCACGACCAUCGGCGUUCUGGCGUUCAUAAUGCCGCCCGUGUUCUACCUUCGUCUAGUCACUCAGCAUCAGGAGGGAUGGCCCGAGAGGAAAGUGUCCGGCUGGCAGAAGGUGGCCGUCCCUGUGGCCAUCCUGCUCAGCAUUGGCGGUACUGGGUGCGCGCUCAAGGCAGCCCUACAGGAUCUGGCCAGUGCAGAGGCCAUCUCUGGCUCGUGUUUGAUACCCAUGUAACCGGCUGGCGGCCGAACAAGGCGCUGGGAUCUCAGGAAGUGGUGUUCGGUACGACAGGAAUCCAACGGCGGCGGCCGCCGCAGUGCUGUACUCGCCGCAGACGAGCCGUCCUCCGUAAACACUGCCGCCGUCGCGUGCCACCGACGGGCGGCGCCAGACUGAGCCGGACGGCUGACACGCUGCUCUCGGAGGCCCCGUCCCGGUCACCCGGCUGACGCGACCCGGUCACAGACACCCCCCGGGGAGACGGACCGGCACGCGCCGCUGAAACACGAGCCGCCGCCGGCUCGGAUGGCUCCGGGCGCCCCAUCAGCUGUCGGGUCGGCGUGUGUAAGACUGCUAGAGCAACACGCAGGGUAACGCAAGAGAUCGACGAGACUGCGUGACACAAGAGAGGACAUGAGAACAGGCUCGAUGGAGACACGGCGGCGGCGCGGAAACGAAUGGGGUGAACGGAAAACGCGACCGAGGCGAUUGCAGUGCUGCACUAGGUGGUGGUCGUCAUGCGUAACAUUACCGAUCGACGGUCACUCUACUCUUCCAGUAACAUGAGAGGUGAACUUCCUGACCUCAGGGUGGCCAGGCCAGCUGCCCUAAUAGUCAUCAUAUCGAGCUUGUGCUAACAAGUCACUGACAUGUUCAGGUGACGUACUGUGAUGUCAACUGGCGACGGUUCCUUUUGCUGUAUGGGAUGGUGCUGAUAACUGAUCCGAUGCGUUCACCCGGAUGGCCGUACCGUUUAAGACUGAUAUCUAGUUACAUUUUAAUGUAGGUAUAUAAGCAUUGAGCUUCCCAAUGGAAUAAUUAACGAGAUGAUGUGAACUUAUCAUGCAAUGAUGAUACAACACACGGAUAUUUGGUGGUUUAUCACCUUUGUCUGUAAUAUGCAGUUUUAUGAAUAAAUGUUGGAAAUGCG